UUUUGAACACUCAGUCAGUUCAGAACUACCAAGCAUUCCCAAACUAACCAUCUCGAAAAUGACGAAGAAGUUUACUUGAGAAGGUCCCUUUCAGUUGAUGAAAAUUGUAUUUGAACUUAACUUAUGGCUCUGCAAUGUGUCACAAAACCCAAAAUGUGGUUGGGUCUCAAACAGAUCCUCCUCUACGUAGGCCUGUUGCUCUGUGUUCUUCUUCAGGUCUGUAGGAGUAAGACCCAGUUGCAGAUGUUCUGCCCCACUGUUUGCCACUGUGAUCUUCACGCCCAGCGCAAUCGCGCAAUAUGCAGCGCAAAGCGCUUGAUAAGCGCCAAUAUAGAAAUACCUACGACGGUUGAGCUAUUGGACCUGAGCUACAAUGAUAUAACCACUAUUGAUGAUGACUCCUUUAAAAUCACUAUACACCUGCUCAAUCUUACGUUAGCCCACAACGCUAUCCACACACUUUAUGGAGAUGCCUUUGUGGAGUUGAGCAGACUACGCUAUUUGGAUCUUUCGUACAACCGCCUGGAGCAGAUCGAUGAACAUAUCCUGGAAUCCAACAAUCAACUGACGCACCUGAACCUGGAAGGCAAUAAGUUGUCCACUCUGGGAAGCGGACCCAUUUUAAGAAGUCCAUCGCUUCGCUCUCUCAAUCUGCGCAACUCGCAGGUGAAUCAACUUGGAACGCAGCUUCUGAGUGCGCUGCCUGAACUGCGCCAACUGGAUUUGUCGCAGAAUCUGCUCUUAACCCUGAGUCCUGGUGAUUUCCAUGCCCCCCGCUAUCUGGCUUCACUCAAUGUAGAAGAAAAUCCCUUCAAUUGCGAUCGGGCAUUGGCCAAAGUGGCCACUGGAUUGCGACAGCGUGGAGUGGACAUUUUCAUGGACUGCAUGGAGGAUCAGCAGCAGGAUGCGGAAGCUGUAGAUUUUCCCAUUAAAAACGAAAAGUUCGAAAGCAUGGAGUACGUGGAGCCCAGUACCCGAGGACCCCAAUCCGUGCUGUCCGUCUGGCGGGAGCUGGACUCCAGUGAGGAGCAGGACAGCGAGCAGGAUGACGAGCAGAUAUCAUCGGUUAGCGAUGUGUGCAAGGGAAGUCCGGAGAAACUGUGCUUGAGAUACCGCAUUUGCUUGGAGCGUGUGAGCCAUGAACUCCUGGCUGGCGGAAACUCUCAAUUGGAAGAUGAAAUCCUACGCACGCACACCUAUGAUGAGGAUGAUUUGAAGCUGGCCUUUGUGGUGGGCGGGGCCACGGGCAUUUGCAUGGUCAUCUUUAUCAUCACCUUUGCCCUAUGCCUGAAGAGUUGCUGUGAGAUGCGCAAAAAGAAAAGUAACCCGGGGAUGACCACUGGGGAUUCAGUUCCUUUAGACCCCUCGCUGGAUAGCCUGCCAACUAUACACACCUGGUCACCACAGCGGACUCGCAACCCCAGGCGAUCCAAUCCCCAGCGUCCCCGUAGUACUCCAUCGCAUGCCGUGGUCCGACAACCCUACGGACCGCAGGACAACUUUGUGUCCCGACUUUUUGGACGUCCGGCCCGCAAUCAGUACUACCGGACAAUUAAUCAGAAUACAGCCACCCUCAUAAGGCGCCUCAGUCGGAGUAAUCUCUUCACCAGUCGCGACCGGGAGCCGAGUUCGCCUGCUGAACCGCCAACAUCUACGGCCAGAUUCUACACAGAUGUUGUUGAAAGUGGGGUGGUAAGGCCGGAGACACCGCCUCCUAACUACGGCGAUGUGGUGAUCAUCGAGAAUUGUGAUAACAAGUGAAGGGAGUGACAUGUUAAUAUAGCCUAACAUUUGUAUUAGUAAAAGUAUUCUAAGUUAUCGCUCUUCUCGACCUCAAUAAUUUACUAUAAAAAUCUAUAUGAGACUAUUACAAUAAUAAUGGCAAAAUAUUAAACAUUAUAUUUAAAUUCCAUUAUUGCAGUUGUCAUAGCCAGCCGUCUUUAGUUUUGCUGUUUAAUCCAUAUUUGUAAGGAGUUGACUGACCGCAAAGUCUUUAUUUGGAAGAUCAAAUUAAUUUACUACUAUUUAAUUAAUAAAAUUUUACUACUAUUUUAAAUACAACAUGUAA